GCAGGAGGGCCCUGGAGCACUUUGGAAAGGACUGGCGCCAGCGCUGUUGAGGCAAAUCUCUUACACAUCUCUGUCGUUGGUCAUCUACGAGCCGAUCCGAGGCUUCUACGGGCGCGCUCUGCAAAAUGCAGCCGAAGGGCCCAGUUUCUUCCAGCGCCUGGCCGCGGGUGGCACGGCGGGCGCGCUGGCAAUUGCUGUGUUCAAUCCAGCUGAGGUGAUCAAGACGCAAGUCCAGACCCACACAGGUGCUGGUCAGAGCAUGGCCGAUGUUGCACGGCGCGUCUGGGCACAGGAUGGUAUUGUGGGAUUUUGGGCAGGUGUCCGGCCAAAUGUUGCUCGGACAUUUCUGGUCAACGCCGCAGAGCUUGGCACAUACGAUGAGGCCAAAAGCCAGCUGAAGCCACAUUUCGGCGACGGGCUGGUGUCCCACGUCGGCGCGUCGGGGAUUGCGGGCUUCACCUCAGCCUGCGUGUCGACCCCUGCAGACGUGGUGAAGACAAGGCUAAUGAACUCCGCGGGCGGUGAGAAGCAGUAUCGAGGAAUGUUCCAUGGCUUCAGCCGCAUUCUUGUGGACGAAGGUGUCGGGGCGCUGUACAAGGGCUUCCUCCCCAUCUGCAUUCGAAAAUUGGUUUGGUGCGCGGCAUUCUUUGUCAGCUACGAAAGGAUUCGUUCUGCGGUGAAUGCCCGGUGA